AUGGCGUAUCACGACCUCACCAAAGCCGUGCGGCUUUCAGGCCCCAUCGACACGUCCCUCCCCUACGAUGUUUUAAGCGUCGCUGGCAAAACCAUCCUCAUCACAGGCGGCUCCCUCGGCCUGGGAGCCAACUUUGCCCGCCAUUGGGCAUCUCACGGCGCAAACUUGAUGAUUGGCGACAUCAACGAUGAAGCAGGUCACAAGCUCAUCGCCGAGCUACGGACAAAGUACCCCAAGGCCAGCCACCACUUCUUCCACUGCGAUGUGACGGAUUGGGACUCGCAGGUGGCGUUUUUCAAGGCUGCCGCGGCGGCUUCGCCUCAUGGCGGGAUUGAUGUCGUGGUGGCUAAUGCCGGCAUCGUCGAUCCCAAGUCCAAUCGCAGGUUUGAGAACCCAGAGGCCAUUCCAACGGACCCGGAUGCGCCUUACAAGCCCAGCACCAAGAUUCUCGACGUCAACAUCACAGGAGCCAUGUACACGGCAAACCUCGCUCUAUUCUGGCUGCCGAGAAAUGGAUCCGACAAAGUCAACUCUGAUGAAAAGCCCGAGGCUGAUGGUCGCGACCGAUGCUUGCUUUUCUUGGGCUCUUACGCCGGUGUUUGGCACCUCUGCGGCCAAUCACACUACACAGCCUCAAAACACGCCAUCACCGGUCUAUUCCGCGCAAUGAGAGGCACUGCUUGGAAACAUGGUGUCCGAGUGACAAUGCUGUGUCCCUACUUUGUCAGCGAGUCCAGCAUGUUCCCUCUCGGUGCAGAAGCAGCUUUCCUCACUGGAACCGCCGGACCCGCCCAACACGCCGACGUUCUGGAUGCCGCGACGAGACUGAUUGCGGAUGAGUCCAUUGUUGGAAGAGCCUUGCUUAUUGGACCCAAGGUGGCCAUCGACGACCCCGACGUUGACGAUGCGAAGAAGGAUGAGAGGGCUGUUUGGGACUGCUAUGCGGAAGACUACACCGACUCGGAGGCUUUUGUGUGGCGAUGGGUUCGUGCUAUGAAUGCCGUUGAGAAGAGCCGAGGAUGGUUGGGGCUUUUCUGGGAUAUUUUUGGCGUCAUUGUGAGAGGUUCCAAGAAGAAGAGCAGCUGA